UCCGCUCAGCUCCGCCCCUCGCAGAGCAGCAGCGCAGCGCAGGCCCGGCUCCCGGGCACUCGCAGACCUUUUUCCGUGUCGGUUUCCCCUUCUUCCCGGCAUUCCUGUUUCCGCUUUCUCACGGCUCCCUGCUUUUUCCACCUCUGAGACACUUCGCGCCCAGGGGGUUCAGUGACGUCAUCUCUCUGCGCUGCGCGGACACCCGCCGGUGGAGGAAGGAACAGCUCCGCCGCCCUUUGCUUCUUUUGUUGGGCUGCUGCUCCUCCGGAGUCAUGGCGCCGUCGCUGUGGAAGGGGCUGGUGGGCAUCGGCCUCUUUGCCCUAGCCCACGCGGCCUUUUCCGCUGCGCAGCAUCGUUCUUAUAUGCGAUUAACAGAAAAGGAAGAUGAAUCACUGCCAAUAGAUAUAGUUCUUCAGACGCUUCUGGCCUUUGCAGUUACCUGUUACGGUAUAGUUCAUAUUGCAGGGGAAUUUAAAGACAUGGAUGCCACUUCAGAACUAAAAAAUAAGACAUUUGACACAUUAAGGAAUCACCCGUCAUUUUAUGUAUUUAAUCAUCGUGGUCGAGUACUGUUCCGGCCUUCGGAUACAACAAAUUCUUCAAACCAAGAUGCAUUAUCCUCUAACACAUCAUUGAAGUUACGAAAACUUGAAUCACUGCGUCGUUAAGAUUUUUACAAAUUAUAAUAAUAGGACAGGACACAGAGCUGGAAUAUUGGAGUUUGGGGUACAAAACACUCCCCCCCCAUCAGUAUUUAUAUUGAUCUUUCAGACCUAAUUAGAAAAAGUCUAUGGCCCUUGUUUGUACACUGUUAAUCAAAUCAUUAAUGCAGUAUAAGUUAUCUGUGAAAUGAGUCUGAUCUUUCAUAGAGAGAAUUCUUUCAUUUAAAACAAAUUCACAUUUUUUGUAAGAGUCACUGUUUUGAACACAUUUCUUUGAAAAAUGUUAAUGGUUUUGUAAUUAUUUAUUUUCUUAGAUUUCUUUUCUUUUGCACUACAGUUUUUAGGAUCCUUUUCGAAAUAGUGUGACUACUGCAUUUUGCAGCAUGAACGACAGUAAAUGGUCUUCAGUUCUUAACAACAAAUGGACUUCUUUAAGGAGACCAAAAUGGUGACUUAUCAGUUUUUCUUAUGCCCCCUAAAAAGUGGCUCUGCUUUAGCAGAUACUUGCCAGUUUUUAAUUUUUCUGUGAAUUCUUACCCUACCCCGCUCCCAUAUACCUCUUAACAUCAGCUGUCUUGUUUCAUCACUUCUCUGGGGUUCUGUGUGCAGUGAGCAAUUUUUGUGUCAGAAAUCCUUUGUCAUAACAAAUAUACUUAACAGACUCAACUUGCUGUAAAGCUACUUGUAUUCUUUUCAUUUAUCUGUAAAAAAUUUCCCUAACUGAUUAUGUAGUCUAAGAAUAGUUGAAGAUAGACCAAAAAGACUAUUCAUGAAUUAAUCAUCCUGCCUAUGUAGAAGAAUAGUGAUCACUGAGGAAAACUGAUUGUCAUUAGCCAGUUUAACUUACUCAAAGUCUCUGUUAUUUUAUUGCAUAUCAAGCUAGUGAAUUAGUAAAAAUAAAGGAAACGUCUUCUUAAAGGUCGACUUCAAAGGAAUUGGGCCAAAUAUGUUCUAAAUAUUUGGAACUAAUAUCUUUAAUUUUUUUAAAAAAGGAAAGUCAUUUAGGAAACUGUUUAAUAGCUUCUGAUUUGUAGCAGGCUUAGAGUUUUCCGUCUUCAUUGUAUGUUGCUGAAGGUGAAGAUGAAGGUACAGGGCAGAAUUUUUUUAGGAACAGUAAUUUUAGUUUUAGGGAAAUGUGUCUAGCUGUUUGAUCUGCAGGAAGCUUGACAUUUCUUUGUCGAAAAUGUUGCUUUUGUUGAAUUGCACAGGAAUGACAACAUUGCUUUUGUCGAAUUGUAUAGGUGUAAAGGGAAUAACUGUAUGCAGAUUUGAAAAGGAAAUGUGCUUUAGGCAAGAGUCAUAAGAUGCCCUUAUACUCGAUGGCAUUUUUUUUCCAUUAGAAAUGAACCUCAGCUCCUCUGUUCUGCCUGGUAACACAUAGCCCCGAAGCACAAGAUCAUUUUGUCUUUCGGUUUCUAUCAUUGUUUAGUUUUGUUUUGCCAACUCAGUCUGUCUGUGGAACACUGACUCUGUUCUCUAAGGAGAACAAAGUUAGAAAUCUGUUGAAAACCUAAAAUGAUUUAGAAAUGAAUUAAAAAUAUGAAGUCAGGAGCUAAAGUGAUCAUAAUUAAAUUGAAAUAGUGUAUGAGAAACAAGUUCCUUACAUCAUGUUUGUCUACCAUUUCCUCAGGUAUGACUUGAUUUGCAGGAGCCUCCUGUUUUCUUCUCUUUGGGGGCCUGUCUUCCUUCCCUAAUAUGUUUUUAUAAUAACUUUAUUGAGACAUUAUUCACAUACCAUUCACCCAUUGAAAGGGUACGAUUCUGUGAUUCUGUAAUAUAUUCAUGAAAUUGUGCAACCAUGAUCACAGUUGAUUUGAGAGUGUUGCCGUCACCCCAGAAAGAAACCCUGUACCCUUUAGCAAUCAACUGUCAUUUCUCCCCAAUGCCUCUCAGCCCAGGGGAACCACUAAUCUACAUUCUGUCUCUAUAGAUUUGUCUAUUCUGGUCAUUUAAUAUGAAUGAAUUCCUGCCGUUUCUGGUCUUUUGUGAUUGGCUUCCGAAAUAUGGUUUUGUUCUAUGUGGAGUGAGAACUUCUCGUCUUGAGAACUGUGAUUGCUAUGAAAGGAAGUGGUUGUCAAAAAUCAGUCCGUGUAAGGUAGGGUCAGGUACCUAACAGGUUUCUCAGUCAAUCUUAGGCUGAAUAGUUUUUCAUCAGAACCAAGACUUCAUGAUGUGUUACUACUUAAUAAUAUUUUGUCUAGUCUCUAGAAUGGAUUGAAAUCUUUGCCUGCCUGGUCAGGAAGGUCCUUCUAAGAAUGAUGAAAUAAUGUGGCAAAUAGUUGACAUAGCAGUUUUCAGUCGUGUCUGGUUUUGCCAGGAGCUUGUAUACCUCUGGUCAGGUGAGCUUCCCACAUUUUUUCUUUAAUUUCCUCCAGUGAAUUUCUGCUGUCUUUUUCAAGUAUGUACCAUAGGAUUUGGGUGAUUUGGGCAGUGCUAAAUGGAAUACUAAGUUCAGAAUUUUAUUUAUAGUACUAUGAGAUAGUACUAAGGUAUUCCAGAAAUAUAGUGAUGUGAGCUAGUUAAGCCUAUGAAUAUCAGUGACAUUCAGAAGUGUGUACUGUUGAAGGCUGUCUAGAAUAUAGGAGGACUCAAUAACCAGGGAACUAGCCAAAUGCUCUGGGCUAAUGGCCCAGCCGUAGAAAAUGCAGAUCGGCGAAUUGGAGACUACGAUGCUCUGUAACUCCCUAAUGAUUGUUUCCUAAGCAUUGUGGCUUAUUUUUGAGUGGCAUGACAGCAUCUCCCUGGUUGUAUGUGGCCUGUUUUCCAUGAUGUAUUGAGUAGUGUUCUUUGUUGUGAGCAUCAAUGCCUGUAACACCAAGCUAAACACAUUCUUUUGGAUAUGUUUCCUCUCUUUAAAUGACCUUGCCCUGUCCAAUAAAUAAAUGAUUGUCUCA